UUCAAUCGGACUGAACGACUUUCGCUGCGCCAUUAAUGAUUGCUUAUCUUUAUCGCUGCGUGUAACCGUAAAAAGUGGAAGAAAUAAGGCUGUGUUGUUCUUUGGUGGAUCAGUUAUCUCUAGUUUUUCUGUCCAAAUGUCGCUUUUGGAAUGGGUUCUGAUUGCUGUGUUUAUCGUGCUUGCAGUAAACUAUUGGCUCGUUCGGAGGAACCUGAAAUAUGGACACCAAUGGCCCGGACCAACUGCAUUUCCGCUCAUCGGUUGCUACUACAUCUACUUUAACAAAAGUCCCGAAGAUGUUGUAGAAUUUAUCACCACGCUCCAUCGCAAGUAUGGGAAAAUGUUUUGCGUAUGGAUCGGCACCCGGCUGGCUCUUUUCUGUACCAACACUCGUGAUACGGAAACUGUCCUCAGCAGCCAGAAAUUGAUUCGCAAAAGCGAGCUGUAUAAGUUUUUGGUUCCGUGGUUGGGAAACGGGCUGCUGCUCAGUACGGACCAGAAGUGGUUCAAUAAACGUAAAAUCAUUACUCCGGCUUUUCAUUUCAAAAUCCUCGAACAAUUCAUCGAGGUGUUCGAUCGACAGAGUGGUAUUUUGGUACAGAAGCUGCGAGCAGAUGCGAACGGAAUGCUUGCGAAUAUUUAUCCGUACAUCACAUUGGCGGCUUUAGAUGUUAUUUGUGAAACCGCCAUGGGAACAUCCAUCAACGCCCAAACGGAUGCGGAUUCCAAGUAUGUGAAGGCCGUAACCGAACUGAGUUAUCUUCUGGCAGGACGAUUCGUUAAAGUGUGGCAGAGAUCGGAUUUUCUCUUCAAUCUCACACCAGAGAAAAAGCGUCAAGACAAAAUAAUUAAAAUGCUGCACGACUUUACGACCAACAUCAUUCGGACCAGGAGGCAACAGCUUAUCGACCGGGGCACAAGUGGAAUCCUCGGAGACGAAACCAUCGGAAGCAAAACAAAGAUGGCGUUCUUGGACGUUUUGCUACAGGCUACCGUUGAUGGUCAGCCCUUGACGGACAAAGAAAUUCAGGAAGAGGUGGAUACAUUCAUGUUCGAGGGACAUGAUACGACUACCAUCGCCAUAGCGUUUACACUGUUGCUGCUAGCCCGGCAUUCGGAAAUACAAGCUAAAGUCCAUAGAGAAGUCGCGGAAAUCAUAGGUAAUGAUCCAAACGCUCCGGUUUCGUACAGGAACCUGCAAGAUAUGAAGUAUCUGGAAAUGGUUAUUAAGGAGUCGUUGCGGCUUUAUCCGCCUGUACCCAUUAUAGGGCGAAAAAUUACCGAGAAAGUUGAAAUAGGAGGAAAAACAGUUCCGGAGGACACAAACGUCAACUUUGGCCUAUAUUUCAUGCAUAGGGAUCCAACGCUGUUCGAGGAUCCUGAAAAGUUUGACCCGGAACGCUUCAACUCCGAGAGAACGUUGGAGCAAUCUUCUCCUUACGCUUAUAUACCAUUCAGCGCAGGUCCCCGAAAUUGUAUCGGUCAAAAGUUUGCUAUGUUGGAACUUAAAAGUACUAUUUCAAAGGUGAUUCGUCAUUACCGGUUAACGGAGGCUGGUCCGGAGCCGGAGUUGAUUAUUCAACUCACACUGAAACCUAAGAAUGGACUGAAGAUUGCUUUUGUACCCCGCUAAAGUAUUUAUGCUACCUUAACCAGAUGUGUCUAAUUUCAUACCAAGGAAAUGUGCUUGGGCGUUGAUAUAAGCUAAUUUUGUUAAAUGGCACACCGUUUUUCGGCAAUAAAACUUUAUCUAACAUAG